AUGUGGGGUUCUGGUUUCGCCUCGUCCCGACCGUGUGUGGUUGAACUCGGGCGGAAUCAAAGCGUGUCCUUGGGGAUAUGUGGUUCCGAUGAGCCUCACUCUCUUUAUGGUUAUAUCAUCGCAAUCCCUUUACGGGACUACGGUGGGAUCAUGUCAGGAUUGGGGUCGGAUUCCUGGUGGAAGAAGACCAUCUAUAUCACCGGUGGUGCCCUCCUCGCCGCUGCUGCCUACCUAUUGCACGAGCUGCUCGCCAUCAGGAAGGAGCAGGAGUUGGACUCUAAAGAUGCCAUCAUCCUCCACCAGUUCUCCAGGCCACACACGGGGGUCCCCAGCCUCUCACCAUUCUGCCUCAAGAUGGAGACCUACCUACGCAUGGUUGACCUGCCCUACCAGAACUACUUUGAUGGGAAGCUCUCUCCGCAGGGCAAGAUGCCAUGGAUUGAGUAUAACCGGCAGCAGGUGUCGGGGUCAGAGUUCAUCAUUGACUUCCUGGAAGAGAAGCUGGGCGUCAACCUCAACAAGAACCUCAGUCCCCAGGAAAGAGCCGUGUCCCGGGCUGUCACCAAGAUGGUGGAGGAGCACCUCUACUGGACAAUAGCCUAUUGCCAGUGGGUAGACAACCUGGAGGAGACCCAGAAGAUGCUGUCAGUCACUGGUCCUCUCAGUGACAUGCUAAAGUGGAUCCUCGGCCACCUGAACAGCAGCAUGGUGCACAGGGAGAUGUACGGCCAUGGCAUCGGACGCUUCUCCAAGGAGGAGGUUUACAAGCUGAUGGAGAAGGACAUGCGCACACUGGCCGAACUGCUCGGAGAUAAGAAGUACUUCAUGGGACCUAAAAUGUCGACAGUAGACGCUGCUGUGUUUGGUCACCUGGCCCAGGCCAUGUGGACACUACCCGGCACACGUCCUGAACAGCUCAUCAAAGGCGAGCUCGUCAACUUGGCCAUGUUCUGUGAGCGCAUGCGGAGAAAGUUCUGGCCUGAGUGGUUUGUGGACAUAGAGGACCUGUACUAUGACGGCGCAGACACUGACAGCAGCGAGGGCUCUCCUACAUGCCUGAUGGACUUUGGCCUGUUCUCCCGGACAGACACCAUGGAGGAGAGUGAAGCCUCUGACAAACACACACACUCACACACUCACUCCCCCGAUACGGACCACUCGCUGUUCGACUCAGACGUGGGCACGGGCUCGGAGAACGAGCCGCGGCUCAAGUGUGACCCUCCUAGUCCUGACCCUCCUAAUUCUGCCCCUUCCAGCCCCAGUCCCAACCCUUGA